AUUUUUUGGGCUAUAAUACUAAAUAUAGUGAUAAGCCUAAAAGAGAGCAAUGGAAUCCUUUCGCCCCCAUCCUGCUGUAUGACGUGUCCGACGGCCUCGUCGGGCUUCGGAUAGAAUGCGACCAGAUUCGGCCUUUUAGCCCCGAGCGAUGGAUGGCUAUAUAUUGCUGACAUUCGUUGUACUGGAAGUAUUCAGAGCAUAUCAGUCAUCUGUAUAUGAAUAUAUUUCAUCUCAGAAUCCCCGACAAAGGAUCACUUAUCAUGUCUUCGAUAAUAAAAACCGGCAUGGACCGCUCUUCCCACGCGAUUAAUCGUUUUUUCGAGAAAGCGUACGCCAUCGACAUCCACAACCUUAAACAAAAUAGCCCGCUAUUAGUUUCUGGCGCUCUGGUUCUCGGAGGUGCAGUCUGGGCUGUCAAUGACUACCGUGAUUGGGUCGCUUUUGGAACCGGUGGAACUCCGCCUACUCCUAGAGGAUACCUCAAGGUCACUCUGCUCCGCGUGGCAAACUUCUUCAGAUAUAUCCUCGGGGAUGACCUUCGAGAUGCUUCCAGCUUGCCUCGUGGGGGACCCAAAUAUCUCCAGUCUCUACCGAUGAGGAAGGGAGGACAUCCAGCACUGAAGCCUAGAGCACUGCCCCAACGACAAGAACCCGAGUACAUCCCUUCGAUUGUGAAAGAGAAACUAUUCAACUUGAUCAACGACCACGCAUCCAAAGACCCCGACACUUUCAACAUUGCCCUAUCCAGAACCGAAGGAGGAACCGCCGAUGCCAUUUAUCUCAACCCUGACCUCCUAGCAUCCAACUCAGAUGCAAAGGGCCUCGGUGGUGAAAUCGCCCAUGUCCAUCCUUCUGAGUGCUCCCUCCAUCUCCUUCUAUCCGCGGAAGAUGCAAGAACUGUUUUGGAGGCGAAUUGGGGUAAACGGUUCCCUAUAUACUGGAUUACUCCCCCAGGAUGGAUCAUGCUGUAUGCUCCUCGGAAUGAAGAAGAGCUUGAAUUAGUUAGUCGGGUUGUAGAUGCUGCUGUUCAAUUCGCAAAGGGUACAUCCUCUCAGUGAUAUGAUAGAAACCAGUAUUUGCUUGUCGAUUGAUCUGUAACUGUCAUUAUGUGUUUGAGCGAGAUAUUUGUUUACCAUAGAAGUACUAGAAGCUUAUAAUCUAAUUCAAUUGUGUUCGACC